CUUGUUCCUCCCUGUUCUGGUAUACAAGUUCUUGUAUGAUUUCAAGGUCGCCAUAGACGAGGUGGUGGAGCUUGAGACUCUGCACGUGCAUAGCCUAUUGAGUGCGUGUGUGUGCAUGUCUGCUGGCACCUUCACGAGUGAGUGACCUUUCGGUUCCACUUCCGUCUUCACAGUUGCAACAUGGGCUCCAACAUCACAGAGAUGACAACUUCACCCCUCACAAUGGCCAACUCCACAGUUUGGCCAACUCCAAAAGACAACAACUGCAGCUUAGAGGCCUGGGAAUGGCUGUACACCAUGCAGCCAGUUUAUAUGAUGGUCAUCUGCGUGCUGGGCAUCGUUGGGAACGUCUUCGUCCUGUCCAUCUUCUUCCUGCACAAAAAGUCCUGCACGGUGGCCGAAAUCUACCUGAGCAACCUGGCUUUUGCAGACUUGAUCUUCGUCUCCUGCCUCCCCUUCUGGGCCAUAAACGUGUGGAACGAGUUCGACUGGCAGUUCGGGCAGGUGAUGUGUCGCCUGGUCAACGUGGGCAUCAAGACCAACAUGUACUGCAGCGUCUACAGUCUGGUUCUGGUGAGCUUCGACCGCUACGUGGCGUUGGUCCAUACCAUGUCCCACGGGCGGAUGCGCCGGCCCUCCUACGCCAAACUGAGCUGCCUGGCCGUCUGGGGCCUGGGGAUUAUGAUGAGCAUCCCCGUGUUCUUGUACAGGAAGGUGGAGUACAUUAAAGAUUACGACGUCAAUGCUUGCAUCCUGGAUUACCCAUCAUUUGCAGUGGAGGUGACCUGCGACCUGCUCCUCGUCUUCUUGGGGUUCGUCAUACCCCUGUCGGUCAUCUCCUGCUGCACGUUUAAGAUCAUCCAGGCCUUGAAGAAUCAGGACUUGAACAGGUUCAACGCGGUGAGGACGGAAAAGAAGGCCACUCUCCUGGUGCUCUGCGUGUUGCUGGCGUUUAUGUUUUGCUGGGUUCCGUUCCACCUCGUCACCUUUCUCGACGUCAUCAUUCGAAUCAUGGAUCUGGAAGGAUGUGAACUGGACAAUGGCCUUGAGAUUAGCAACCAGGUGUUCACCUACCUGGCUUUUAGUAACAGUGUGUUGAAUCCCAUUCUAUAUGUGAUUGUCGGAAAGAACUUCAGGAAAAAAGUUAAGGAGGUCUUUGAGCAGAAAAGAAAACCUGUGACUGGAUCUACUCGGUCAAAUCUAUCAUCAACACUGAAGACCUUUGUCUGAACUGUUUCAUAAACAAAAUAUUAUAUUAGACACCUGAGGCCUCUAAGCUAUUGCUAGAAAUUUAAGAAUUGGACUGAUACAAAUGUAUAUUAAAGGUACAGUAGGUAAUUUCGGUCAAGAGAGGAAUAGCAGCAACAAAUACACUCAAACCACAGCACUGUUUAUCCCACCCCUUCUUUGUAAACGUGCUGAAGUUGAAAUGCCAUUAGCUGUGGCAAUUAGAACCAAUUCUCAACCAAUGAGCUUGAAUUAUUGUACAGCUAUACUAUGUUUUGGUACAGAGUGCCGGCCCGUCAACUGCAUAUUUUGAAACCCGAAUGUAAGGACUAUAAACACAGGCUCACAGGGUGAGUCAACAUGUCAGUGAGCCUUUUACAAUGAUAGGAAGGGAUUUGUAAUGCUUGUGUAACAAUGUUUUAACAAAUACAAAUACAAAUAAUACAAAUAUUUAUAAUAGAUUAUUUAUGUAAUAUUAUUUUCUGUUUCAUGUUUACUAUUUACGUGUGACCCCACGCAUUUAUGUAGCCCCCAUCCCACAAAAAUGAACAGCAAAGUUGUACAAAGGACCGGAAAACCAAGGUAGUCAUUACAUGAAAGUAAUCCAUCCCUCUAAGCUGCCCCCUCCCCCUCUCCCCACAGUCAAUAAUCUUUCUAUAAAACCUAAUGUCGUAAAUAUGUGGAUGACAGGGACCACAGCAAUGAAUUUGUAUCAGAUAAAACACUCAUUUAAGUGAAACUUAUGCUUAAUUCAGUUUUAUCUCCAAUAACUGCCGACACUGACACUGAAAAUCCUAAAACAGACAUAUCGCAUCAGAAUGUUGUUUGACAUAUUCAUAACAUAAGAUUUAACAGAUACUAAUGCCGAAUCAACAACAGAGGCAGGCCAAAUAACAUGAUGAAUAAUUCUGAGCAAAAAAGGAAAGCAGCAUUUAACUACAAAAUGCCCCUUUUUUAUUUGACCUGUAGCAUUCUAACAUUCACUGUCUAAACAUCUAUGUUAUACAGUCAUUGCUCCUGAAUCGCACACCGGUACAGGGAGAUGACUAAAUCCCUUGGUCAAUGUUCUGGGCAGAGGAGCUGCUCUUGUGCAAUGAUGGGGGAGGGGCAGCCUGUUGCCUAAAUCCCUCUCUACUUGAGUAAUGAUAUGACCGAUUGUGCGUGGUAUUCUUGAACAUACUCAGGGUCUAGAUUCUUUGGGGCAUGUCAGUACACCAAGGCCUUGUGCUUAAUGCAUAACCAGGAACGUCUCAGGAAAUACCCUUUUUACGGAGUGUAAUGGAGUUAAAAUGUGUUGAAGCAGUAUUUUCAGUCAACACAUGAACAUAAGUAAAGAUCAAUGCCAGUUACACAUACUGUACUGUAUGUAUGUACUGCUGAUGUUCUUAUGAAAUCCUUUAUAUUUGUAAAUAUAGGCAGAUGUUUUUUUUAUAGAAAAUAUUUAAGGACAUGUGUACUUUAAAUUCUAUUUGACACACGAACAAAUAAAAUAAGAACUGAGUAAGGUGAAAUUAGACUGGUGAAGACCAAGCAGUAUUAAUACAUUUGUUUGUGUAUGUGUGUGCAUGUAUAUUUUGUUAGAGGUAUUAUUUUAAAAGAAGCUAUGCAAUAUGUUAUCAUAUAUAUUUCUUUGUUCUUAACAUCACAUGUAUUGUGUGUAUAUAUGUGUUGUAUGAAGCAAAUGUACCAUGCAGAAGUAGUCUAUAAAUACAAAUACAAUUAAGAGAAUGGUGUUUAAUUUUUGUGAACAAGAUUUUCCAAAGUAGUAGUAGUGAAUUUACAGUGGUGAUAAACUGUUUCUUCCACUGAGGUUUGAAUAACGCAA